UAGAAAGCCAUUAAUUUUAAGUAUUCAUUACUAAACUGCUCAGAGGUUUUUUAAUGUGCUGUGUCAAUCUCUUUCUCAGCAAGUAAUGAAAUUGUUGGCUUGAUUGCUUGCCUAAUUAUUCAUGGCUUCCCAUGUGCACGACGGCAUAAGUUUCUUAUAACAGGGGAGACUCCUCCAUUAAUGCUUAUGUUCCUUAUAUAAUCAUUAGCUUGCAGAUCUUUGGUCUGGAAUGUAUUUUAUCUUCAUCUUUUACUGAGCUUUUACACAUUUUCUGCAAAAAUGAAGUCUAAGAGCUCAGCUUCUGUAUUCUCCCUGCUUGUUGCAGCACUGCAAGUUUGCUUCUUUUUGCUAUCUGUGCAGCCUACUUAUGGUCUUGGUGGAUUUCCUGUAAAGAAACUGUCAAGAAAAACACAGAGAUCUUUGGCUGGGAAUCUUGGGGGUGGUGUAGAUUACAGCUCUGCUCUUCUUAUUGUUGUUUCUCAAAAGAAAGGUGAAGGGGAUUUUAGUAAGGUGCAAGAUGCAAUCAAUGCUGUUCCUGUUGAUAACAAAAAUCUUAUCUUCAUUCGUGUUCUGCCUGGAAUUUACAGGGAAAAGGUGACCAUUCCUGUAGAGAAGCCUUACAUAAUUCUAAGUGGGCGUAACGCGAGCAAUACUGUGAUAACCUGGAACGAGAAUGCUGGAGCCACGGGAGGCACGUAUUUCUGUGCAACAAUGACAGUAUUGGCUUCUGAUUUUGUAGCAAGAUUUAUCACAAUACAGAAUUCAUAUGGUCCUGGCGAUCAAGCCGUUGCAAUAAGGAUUUCUGCAGACAGGUCUGCAUUUUAUAGCUGCAGAUUUCUAGGCUUUCAGGACACUGUACUUGAUGACAGUGGAAGACAUUACUUCAAAAACUGUUUCAUUGAAGGUGCCGCAGAUUUUAUAUGCGGUGAUGGGCAAUCCAUCUAUGAGCAAUGUCAUCUUCACACAAUUCCUCUGUUGAACGGAGCCAUUACAGCACAGAAAAGGCUCUCUGCAGGGGAACAAACAGGAUUUGUGUUUAUUAACAGUAAGAUAACAGGGGCUGGUUUAAUGCUUCUGGGCAGAGCAUGGGGACCUUACGCCAGAGUUAUAUUUGCUCUCACCUUCAUGGAUAAUAUUAUCUUUCCUCAAGGAUGGGAUAACUGGAAUGAUACUUCUAGAGAAAAGACUGUAACUUUUGCUCAGUAUAAAUGCUCUGGACCAGGAGCAAAUAGUGCAGGAAGAGUUCCAUGGUCAUUUGAGCUGAGUGAUAAAGAUGCGGCGCCAUUUCUGAGCAGCAGUUUUGUUAAUGGAGAGCAGUGGAUCAAGAAAAUGCCCACUCGUUUGACAAGAGCUACCAAUCUUAUUCCCAAAAACGGUUGAUGAGAAUUAUGGAGACAUUUUUAACAAGUUGGAAUUUAUUCUUAUGCUUAUUAACAUCCCAUGUUAAUUGUUGGGUGUAUUCUAUCAUAGGUAGUUUUGAUUGAGUCAUUCUUACUCCGAUUGUUGCUGAUAUUGUAUUCUUUCGAUUUGAGUUUAUACUUUAUAGUCACAUCAACCAUUUAUUAUAAACCUUUUGAGGAUUUUGUCUAAUAUACAUUGAAAUGAAAUAUCAUUUGAGG